AUGAAGGUCACAGACGGAGAGGAGUCAUCUUCCAAGCCUGGAGAAGUAGCACAAGUGCAGAAGAUGAUCCAGGAGCGACUGCAGAAGGUUAGGGAGAUCAAAUACUCAGUAGAGCUCAGCCAGAGAGAUGCAGAGAGAGAGAUAGCAGAAAGUGUGGAGAUCUUCACUGCUCUGGUGCGCUCCAUUGAGAGAAGUCAGGCAGAGCUCAUUGAAGUGGUUGAGGAGAAGCAGAAAGCAGCUGAGAGGCGGGCUGAAGGGCUCAUUGAAGUGGUUGAGGAGGAAAUCACUGAGCUGCUGAGGAGAGGCACUGAGCUGGACCACCUCCACCUCCUCCAGAACUCCCCAUCCCCGAUCAAGUACUGGUCUGAGAUCAGUGUUCCCAGGGAUCUGCAUGUAGGAACUGUGAGGAGAGCUCUGUCUCAGCUGGAGGAGACACUUCUGAAAGAGAUGGAGAAGUUGUGUAAUGCUGAGCUGAGGAGUUUACGACAGUGGUCAGUGGAUGUGACUCUGGAUCUUGAAACAGAACACCCCAAGCUCAUUGUGUCGGAGAACAGGAAGCAAGUGAGCUUUCAAGGCACACAGCGGAAUAUCCCUGACAACCCAAAGAGGUUUGAUCAACGUCUAGCUGUCCUGGGAAAGGAAGGCUUCUCCUCAGGGAGAUUCUACUUUGAAGUUCAGGUUAGGGGGAAAAUUCAAUGGGAGUUAGGUGUGGCCAGAGAGUCCAUCAUCAGGAAGGGCCCAACAGCUGAAAGCCCAGAUGGUGGACUCUGGGCUCUGUAUAUGACGGGUGAGAAUAAGUAUGGUAAGGUCGGGGUGUUUGUGGAUUACGAGAAGGGUCAGAUCUCCUUUUAUGAUGUAGAAAACAGGUCUCAUAUCUACUCUUGCACUGGUUGUACCUUCACUGAGAAACUAUAUCCAUACUUGAACCCCUGUAAUAAUUCAGAGGGUCCAAACACAGCCCCAUUGGUCAUCUUGCCUGUCAAUCACACUGACUGA